GAAGGGGUUGUCGCUCGCGGCACAUCACUCAGGCCGCGGCGUCGAUGGGACGGUGCGUACUGUCCAUGGAAGGAGGGGGCCUCCCGCACGGCUCGACUGCCCUCGGGCAGUGCGCCUCUGCGGAGGACGUGGUCUUCUGGAGGCCCUUCGCGCCAGCCGUCGACCUGCACGGCUACUCGGAUUCGCGUCUCCACAGAAGCACCGUUGACGAGGCGCCGCGGCCACCUGACGCUUGCUGCCGUCCGACCGCGGGCCUGGCUCCGUCUCCCAAUUCGGCGUUCCGUCCGGUCAGGGUCAAGCGCCUCCAGUGCUCUUAUGGCAUCCCCUUCCUCAACAACGGAGAGCUCGUGGGCCACCUCCGAGUGCACACAGGCGACCGGCCGUACAAGUGCGAGGCGUGCGAGCGAGCGUUUGCGCGCAACGAGGAGCUGACGCGUCACCGACGCAUCCACAGCGGCGACAAGCCGCACACGUGCGAUUUGUGCGCCAAGCGGUUUGCCCGCAAGGACCACCUCAGCAAGCAUCGGAAGACGCACCUGGACGAGACACACAAGCGCGUGCACGUGUGCAGUCAGCCCGGAUGCGGCCAUCGCUACACGCGCACCGACGCACUCACCCGCCAUCAGUGGACGGCGCACGCCAUUCGCCGCUGCAACCGCUGGCAACCACCCGAAAACCCCUGAUCUGAAUGCACUCUCUGUGACCUUUGGUGCGCAGACCGAAAUGCGAGGGGAUGCUCAACCUUUCCGUCAUCCUCCGAUGUGAUAUGUCAUUAACGUCUCUCUGU